GCGGCGGCCCCGGCGCUGCCCGGGGGUUGAGCGGGCGCAGGGCCGUUCGCUCCGCGGGCCGGGCUCCCCUCAGCGCGCCGGGGCAACGCCUGGGACCAGCGGCGCCUCUCCAGCACGGGCACUCCCGGGAUCCUGGGCAGGACGCCCUCGCCCCGCGGGGUGCGGGGAGCCGGCCCGGCGCUGCUGCCCGCGCUCGAUGCAAACCUGGGACUGAUGUUUUUUAAAUGUUAACGGGCCCUAGAAGAAUUAGAAGUGCAUGAUCAAAGUAUCAGGAGCGUUUUUUACUCUGGAAACAUUGCUGCUAAAAAACUCCAAAUAGGAGGAGUAAAUCCACUCAGCUUGUCAGGUCACUGCCUCAGUGUAACGGUGCUUUCAUGAGGUGACAUUGGGCCAAAGUCAACUUUUCUUUCUCCUUUGUAAACUUGCAGCCAAGCAAUGGGCCAGAAAAUCUCAGGGAGCAUAAAGUCUGUGGAUGUGAGGGAGCCCCCUUAUAGACCCGUGAAACGAGAGCUGAGAGGCCCGGAUUUCUGCAAGCCUGCACGCCUGGACAUGCUGUUGGAUAUGCCCCCUGCCAAGCUGGAGGUCCAGUACAAACACGCUUGGAAUAACGAAGAUCGCUCGUUAAAUAUAUUUGUAAAGGAGGACGAUAAACUGACUUUUCACAGACACCCGGUGGCCCAAAGCACAGAUUGCAUCCGGGGCAAGGUGGGCUACACGCGGGGCCUGCACGUGUGGCAGAUCCACUGGCCCACGAGGCAGCGGGGGACUCACGCCGUGGUGGGCGUCUCCACGGCCGACGCACCGCUGCACUCGGUGGGAUACACGUCCUUGGUUGGUAGCAACAACGAAUCCUGGGGCUGGGAUCUGGGGCGCAACAAACUCUACCACAACUGUAAAAACCAGCCCGGGGUCACGUACCCCGUCUUUUUGGAACCAGAUGAGUCUUUUGUACUCCCAGACUCCUUACUGGUGGUUUUGGAUAUGGAUGAAGGGACGCUUAGCUUCAUGGUCGAUGGACAGUAUCUUGGAGUGGCCUUCAGAGGACUAAAAGGGAAAAAACUUUACCCCAUAGUCAGUGCAGUUUGGGGGCACUGUGAAAUUACAAUGAGAUACAUCAACGGACUUGACCGAGUGAGAAAUUUCAAGGAGGAAAUGGCAGAUCUGGGUUCCUGAGAGGAUUUUCUGAAGGCAAGCUCAGGGAGCAGCUUCAUUUACAUCACAGACCACAUCCCUGGGAAAAUGUAGCCUGGGCUUCUCACCUGGAGGCUUCCUGAGCUGUCUGAGCAGGGUGGCUGGUGCUGCUGCCAGGCUGGGGCUCCCUGCACUGCCCACAGUUCAUAGAGGAGCAGUAAGAAACAGCCUUUUUCUCCUUGGAGAAAAUGGAGUCACAGAGGUGCAACUAGAAAUUUAAAUUACUGUUCCUGAAACCCAGGGGUAAAGACCUGCAUAAGAUUUAAACUGUUCUGGCAUUGCAUAAGCAGUGCUAUUUUGCUCUUAUCAGAUACACUUCAGGGUUGUGAAGUGAUGUUUGAAAUUCUCACAAAUGGUAGACGCAGAGGGUCAUGCUAUUUAUUACACUUAAAAAAACAAGUGAUUUUACAGCAGGGGAAACAAAUGAAUUUGUGGGGGAAUAAUCAUUGUUUAAAUUUCAGAUAACAGUUCUUACUUUUACAUUCUUCCGAGCUUCCCAAAAAUGUGGCUGACUGCUCCCAGUGGGCGGUUUUGGUGAGGCUCUGCAGGGUUAAGACCAUACCCCAUGUCAGAUCUGCAGGGCACAGCUUGCACAGAGGAAUCUUCAGAAGAGUUGGAGCCUCCAGAGAGCUGCUGGUUUGCUUACUUUUUGCUUUCUUUGUCAUUCUUUCAACUCCCCUGCUUUGUGGGUUCUGGAUUACGUAUUGCGUAAAAUAAUUAGCUUAAUUGUCAGAUUUAAUUACUAAGGUUUUAGUAAUGGGUUGGAAAUUCAUUAUGGACGUGUUCCAUCUGUAUGGCAACGGCUGUAGCUGUGUAUUAGCAGUGUGUUUGUUGUAACACUUGUGUGUCUGAUGGGCCAUGCUGCCCAGGAGGUGUGGUUUGGGGAAACAGGAAAGCCGAAGCAUGGCAGGUGUCCUCAUUUUCUCUGAACUGCAGCUUUGGCCUGGAUACACAGUGGAAAAGAAAUGUCACACCCCAGAACUGUGACUGCAAUGGGUUUUCAGGAAGGAAACAGGCAGUAGUGAUUUAGAACAGCUCUGAAAUGUCUGUAGGGAGCCAUCAGCACCUAAGGGGUCAGCAGGCAUUGGGAACUUAGGCAAGACAGAAAUUCCAGUAGGCUUGCUCUGAAGUACUUUUUCUCUAAUUAUUUUGUUACUACUCACAAAUCCCCUCCCAUUCCUCUCCUUUCCCCCUCUGAUGCAUUUGUCCUAAGAGGAACCACAAGUCCAGGGCAUGGUUGGAAUUCUGGUGGGGAGUGGCACAGUUUAACUCAGGGAGGAACUGCAUCCCUGCUGCUAAGAGCAUGGCAAAAAGCUGAAUCUUUCAUCAAAACUGAGUAAAGCCCAUAAGGAAAAACAUACAUAAAAUUAAUUGAGCUUUGCAUACUUGGGGAAUAAUCACUGGAAGCAAGGAUUCAGUCCUGCUGUGACUGCUGAGCAACAGUUGAAGAGCAACAGACAGGUUUGGAACCAGCAAAAUUUUGAGACCUUUCCUGUCAGUGGUAAUUGUUAAAUCCAUAUGGCUCAUCCUAGGCAUGAAUUUGAUGAAAUUACAAGUACCAUGCACAUCUGGCUUCUAAAAUAACAUGGGAUGCUUCUAAUAGAGAAGUGGAUGAAAUGAUUUUUAUUUGGAAUGUGUUCACCUGGUGUUGGAAGUUACAAACACAAUGUGCCCAGUCCUGGUCCACACUGGAAAUCUGCUGCAGGGUGAGCGUUGCUUUUCUGUGAGACCCUCAGGCAGUGAUACAAAUUGCUCUCCAUGAAGUUUUCUUGUGUCCAGGCAUAGAAGUUCUUGCUCAAAGCCGAAUGGGAAAGGGGCCCAGGAGUUCUGAAGAAUUGUCAUUUGGCUUUGUUGUUUUGAAGGGGAGAAUGUCCUGGAAGGUCAGUUUUAAUUGAUGGUACCUACCAAGGAAGAGGUAGUGAGGAAUAAUAUACAGUCCUGCUUUUGUCUUUGGAAGAUACAUCAAUAAAG